UUUUCCACACAUCACGUCCGCACACAGACGACAGAGACACAGUUUUUUUUGUACAUCGAAGUUCUUCUCAAGACGGGGUAUGCCAAAAAAUAAGGAACAUAAUCGCGCAAACUGAUUCCGCAAAAGUAGGUGGUGUGUGAAAAUGUAAAGCAGGUGUAGAACGCUACCUAUACGUGCAGUUGGUGUACGAAUGUACAAAAGUGUUUGCUACCCACAGGAGAAGAGUUUGGGCAGGCCUGCCUCUCUCUCUUGGACCUAUACCUCCCGUACACAGGUGUGGUGAUCGAUGCAAGUGAAAACGUAGCUUUUCACGGGAACAUCGUAGCGCGUCCAAGUUGGUGUCAAAGUGUCCCCCCCUUCAUCGAAACACUCACACACGCACGCACGCACACAUUAUUCUGUUUGCGCAGGAUAUGGAACUUGGCUAAAGUGUAGUCGGAUUGUAGUGAAGAAGUAGUCACCGGUAGCGUAUUGCGAUGCACUGCUGCUGUGUACUACAGUUUCCAGAUUGUGCUAAUAUCAACAGUGAAAUUGAGUGUGGAAAAGUGCGAGCGCACUAGCACUAGUGGUGAUGUGCAGUGCGAAAGGAAAUCGCAGAAAAGAAGUUCAAUCAUAAGCAAAACAAACGACGUCGACAGCCUACGGUGAUAGUGGAGUUUGUGGAGUAUUAAUGCGUACGGACGAAGGUCCACAAUUCUAUCGUCCCCAACAUACAGCGUUUUAAGAAAAACGAACCCUUUAUUAAUCCAUUUUUAGUAUCUUGUGAACGGUUGACAACCGUGGACCGGUUGAAGCUGGAGCCAAUAGUGUUUACCAAUCUGCCAUGUCGGUGAAGAUUUGUUUGGAAAUUGGUCAUGUGGCCUCGGUCAAGAGUAGACCAACCGCGGAAGGAUAUACGCACGACUGGGAGUUAUUUGUGCGCGGAUUGGACGGUACCGACAUAAGCCACUUCGUUGACAAAGUUAUCUUCAAUCUGCACGAAUCCUUCCCGAAACCGAAACGAGUUUUCAAAGAACCACCCUACUUAGUGAAAGAAGCCGGCUACGCUGGUUUCAUUCUGCCGGUGGAAAUUUACUUCAAAAACCGAGACGAUCCAAAAAAGACGGUGUACAACUAUGAUCUCGACCUGCAGCCGGCAAAACAUCAGCGGGAAGAGUACGUAUUUCACCAUCCGUCGGACGAGUUUCGACGAAAGUUGCUGAAGGGUGGUGGAGUGAUUAUAUCUGGCAGCAGCACUGGUUCCGGAUCCGGAGGCAACAGUGUCAGCAAUGACUAUAAAAGCAGCCGAGGUCAUGGUGGUGGUGGUAGUGGCGGCACCGAACGAUCAUCCAGCAGUGGCGGUGGUUCAUCGCAGGAUAAGAAAUCCAAGUCGAAAACAUCCUCGUCAUCGGUCGAUGAUACAAAGGGGCAGUUUGCCGAGCUGUUUGGAUCACCGUUCUCGCACAAAUCGAGCGGCGGAAGCGGUAACAAGGUGUCGCCCGAUCCCAAACAAUCAUCCACCAGCAAGACAUCACCGGUGGGAACCAUCGUUGGUGGCGGUAGCAAAGCGCCAUCGAGUCAAAAAUCGUCGUCCGACGCCAGGACGUCGCUUCCCAACUCUUCCAACAGCAUCUCCUCGUCAUCAAUGUCCUCGUCCUCUAAUUCUGUAUCGAAGGAAAAGGACAAAUCGUCCUCCUCGUCCAAACACAAACACUCGAGCCCGAACAAGGAGGGCAAGAAAUCCGUAUCCGUUGCGAGCGGGAGCGGUGGAGUAGGGGCGGAGGAAAAGACUCACAGCAAAGACAAAAAGGACAAAAGUCAUUCGAAAGAGCGCGAUAAAGGAGGCAGCCGGGACAAGAGUGCAACCAACAGUAGCAGUAAUUCUGGAGCAGGUGGUAGUAGCGCUCAGCUUUCCGGAACGGGUGCCGUCUCCUCGGCAUCAUCGAUGAAGCGACCGGUAACGGCCAGCCCAAAGAGGUCCAGCACUAGCAGCACAAAUAGCAAUACUAGCAUAAGCAACAACGUUAGCAAUUCUACAGUUCCUAAUAUUAGUGGUAGCAAUAGCAGCAGUAGUGGCGUUUCUACCGGUUCCGGCUCAACCGGCGCUCAAUCCGGCGCGGUUGGUAAGAGCUCCGACAGCAAACGAAGCGCCAGCGAAAAGGAAAAAAAGAGCAGCAAAAAGGAGAAGAAAAGCUAUGAAAAGGAUAAGGAACGAACUGCCGAUUCAACCUCCAAUCAGCGCAAGGCGGAUCGAAGUGUCGAAUCGACACAAAAGUCACAAGCGAACUCAUUCAUUACCGGCUCCGCACUGUCGAAAGGCGAUGCACCACCGCCGGCGGGAAGUGUAAAAUCAUCCUCUGCUUCCAACACUGGAAGUAAAACUAGCUCUAACAAUGCUGCGUUGACAUCGCACGAUACUGGCAAAGAUGCCAGUGCGCCAGGGAAAGCGUCCAUCACGUCGACCACUGCAAGCCGCGAUCCUUCCUCAAAUGCCACCGGUAUCGGAUACUCUAAGGACAAGAAAAUGCAUCAAAGUGAUGCAAACGCUGGCACUAAACUGGAUUCAGCCGGAAGUGCCGCAGGAACGCUAUCGACAACAUCGGCAAAAGCACCCGAUAAGAUGGACAAGAUAGAUCGUGAAAAGGACGAAGCACGGAAGCACAAGCACAAGAAAAAAGACAAAACGAAGGAUAAGGAAAAGGAUCGAUCUUCGGUCGGAAAGGACAAAAAGGACAGAAAAGACAAGGAAAAACCUUCCGGAGGUGAUACUGGACCGGGAAAGGGGAGCUAUACGAUAUCUGGGCGUGAUCUCGGCAGUGGUGACACGGUGCCGGGAAAGGUUAAAACGCACAGCACCGCCAAUAAUGAUUCGUCCACGAAACCACUUGGACACGAUCGAGAAAAGCCAUCGUCCACCGGGCAUCUUUUCUCUGGAUCGUCUUCGACAGGACGGCUUGGUGGUGGUGGGGUACCGCAAACAACAAAAUCGAUUGCACCGAUCGAUCCUCCCGUCGGCCAUGGCAGUGGUGAAGAGAAUUCUAACGAUUCGGAUACAGCGACCGGUGGCGGCGGUGGAGAUACUAGCCGAACUCCCUCAACGUUGCCGAACGAAAAGGAUUCGGAAGCGUCGAACAGCAGUAUCGCAGACCUGCUGCCGGCUGGUGGCGGUUCUUCCCACCAGCAACGACCACCGUCGGCCACCUCGUCCGGUACGACUGGAUCAAGUGGAGCACGGACUGGAGCGGAAUCGGGUGAAAAGUAUCAUCACCAUAAGGGCAAAAAGGAUAAAGCGUCCAAAGGGUCAAGCGGUUCCGCCACGGCAACGCCACCGAUAGAGAAAAAGGACCACGGUUCUAACAGUGGCGAACCGAUUAAGAGACGGAAGCGAAAAAAUAAGGACAUAGAUGGAGAUAAAGCAAAAGAUGCUGGAUUGACGGAGCCUACCGCGGCGGCGACAGCGGGCUUCGCCUCGAGAGAAAGGCACAGUCCGUCGCCAGCUUCACCACCUGCAUCCUCAAACAGUUUAAUGGAGCCACCGUCGAAAAUACCAAAGAAGGACGAACAUCCGCAGCCAGGAGGAGGUGGUGGUGGAACCGGUAAAACUACACCUCAAGACUCAUCUAUGGAUCAUGCGAUGAACAACAACAACAAUAAUAACAAUAACUUCAAGCAAUCGAUCGGCAGUGGCGGCGGUGGUUCCGCGCCCGAUGAUAAUGGUGCCAGCUCAUGCCAGCAAGGUGUGGGCAUUGCGGGCAAUAAUCUUAGCGGAGGCAGUGUUGGCGGAGGUUCCGGUGGUGUAUCACUGACCGGCGACUACAUGCUAGAGCUGAAGGAUCUGCAGCAGAAAAUUAUGACACUACAGGAUAACACGGAACUGCAGCGGGUGGUUGAGAUGAUUGCGGCAACCGGAUGUUACGAGAUAACGAGUGCAACCUUCGAUUUCGACCUGUGUGCGCUGGACCUUAUGACGGUGCGACGGUUGCAGAACUUUUUUGCUACCACCUGACAAUAGACCACCGUUGAAAUCGGGAGCGUAAUUUAGUAACGUUGGAUAACACUAACCCACUGUGUUUAUUAACAGCUCACGCUACAGCACGACAGACUGUCAAUAGUUUUUUUAGGUAGGUCAAUGCGAACUAGGAUCUAGUUUGUUUUGUCUGUGGACUCAUUCGUCGUAGUAUUCGGUUGCUAGAAUUAUCGCUUUGAGUUUACUCUUGAUUUUAAACCGCCUGUGUCCGCCGUGACUUACUGGGACGCGAUUGCACAUAUGCCGCCUGCUUAGUUUAAAAAUACAAUACACAGUAUCUGCAAAAGCUCGUUGAAAAAAAAGGAAAAACAGAUUUCAUUCUAGUAGCUUUGAGGCAAAAGAAACGCGGAAAAAACGUGCGAUGGACCUUGUGAAGUCCAGGGCUAUGAAGCCGAUGGAGGUGGCAACGUCGAACAACAUGCCACGGCUUAAGCUUAGGGACAAAUGAGUGUGUGCGCGCGCGUUGUCAAGUACCCGUAUGCGGAAAAUCCCGUUUUCUUAUUGACUUGCAAGAAGGAAUGCUAAAAGUACAAACAUGUGUGGUGGUUGUGCAAAAACUGCAAACAAAACAGGAACGGAACUCUAGGAGUAAAGUCUGUAGAAGAAUCAGUCCCUAAGUGUGUAAAAAGAAAUUGAAUUAUUUCAGCUCAUUUAAAGGAAUUUCUCUUUUUCUCUGUCCUUUUCCUAGUUUCCGCGAGUUGUUUUAAACUCGCAGCCUGUUUCAUGUUUUAAUGGCUGGUCGUAUGUUCUUCAUAAGCGUACCUCUCAUAUGCCUAUGAUUUAAACUGAUUGUGCUUGUACCCCAAACGGAUGGGGGGAGUGGGGGGGGGGGUGGGAUCGUCCUACAGGAACGGUUGCUUGAAAUCUCUUUUUCUAGAACUCCAUCGUAGCAACCUCAUGCAGGAGCAGCAGACGACUGGUGCUUUUUGAAGUACAUAAUUUAUCUGCAACGAUAAGCAAGCCAUGGCAGGGAAAAGGAAUAGAUUUUAGGCGAGCUAUUAGAAAAUACGUAAUUUAUUGAUGAAUUUCAUCCUGCAAUUCUCAAUCUCGCAAGGUAAAAUAUUUACCGAGCCGAAGCAGGAAGUAGGUUAGGUAUAUACGCACAUUUACCUGUACUGCACGCGUGUAUAGCAGAAGGGUGGCGCAGAUUAGUGUUGGUGGUUUUGUACUCAAUCAGUAAACGGAGCGGCGGCGUGUGUUGUGUUAAUAGAGCGAUUGUAUGUAUGUAAUGUUAGCAAAAACCUGCUAGUGGCUUAGGUAGGAAGGAACCUACACACACGAUGAUGCCAUCGGGAGUUUAUUGAUUAAGGUAUGGUAGGACAUGUUUGCUGUUUUGUUUGAAACCCUUCCCUUAAUUUCGUAAUUUAACAUCCGGCACACAGGAAGAUUUGUUAGAUCGACGAUAGCUUCACGAAAUGGAAUCCCAGAACACGCAUUGGCAAAAAUUUGAAUUAUAAUGUACAAUAUCGAUCAUAGCUAAUUGAGUUCGUCGUUGAUGUGUGCAGGUUUGUUUGUGUGUGUUUCUUUUUAUUAUUAUGUUACCAACAUAAUUGCAUUAAUUACUAUUGUAAAGUUAGUUAUAAAAACAAAUCAAAUCAGCAGCUUUUCUUAGAGGAAUUUGGCAAGGGCGAAAACUGAACUGAAAGCAUCACACAUACUGAACAGAAACAAAAAGAGCUCGUAAUUGUGCAUAGGGCAGCGUCGUACUACAUGCAAAAUAUAAAUGAUGAAACCCAUACCCUAGCUAACGCGAAGUGGGAAGCGUGUGUACAUAUACAUAUAAAUACGUAUAAAUCGAUUAUUAAUUUGAACAUUAUCAACAUAAGCUGUAAGAGUUGUAGCAUAAAGUAAUGAAAAUAAAUUACAUACAUAUUGUCACCAUAA